CAUAAACGGUCGGCGGACACAUUCCCGUUUGAUAUAGAAGCCAACUUCUCCUCAUCGAAUGGAAUCUCCAAUAUCAAUCUACAUCUAAUUGAUGACGUCAUUGAUGACGUCCCAGUAGUUCUUAAUCACGCGGGAAAACUGAUGUCAUAUAGGGUCAUUGACCCCCAGAAAGUCGCUUACUAUGAAGACCGCACACAGGAGGCUGUGUUCAUGGUUUGGAAGAGGCCGAUGGCAGACGAUGGGAGCGGGGCGCCGUCAUUUGAUUUUUUUGGCACGUUUGUUAAGGGUAAAACCCAAUUCCUCGUGCAGCCACCCGAUCGUGCAACCGGAAGUCACACCCUGUCGCCCGUUAAAGACGUUCUCCCAACAGAGACGGACUUCCUUGUCAACCCAGCGUUCGAUCGAGACUUGCUUAAGAAGACAUUGUCAAAUAUCUCUGACACAAGCGGCGAACAUUUUCGAAACAAGCGACAGAGCACCGCGUACGAGGUGGAACUCUUCUUUGUCAUCGACUUCUCAUUGUAUUCAUUUUGGUACAGCCAAACAACGGGGACAGAGGCGUCCAGGAAAGCACAGACACUGAGUACCAUCAAACAGUUCUACGCAUUUGUAUUAAGCUCGAUGAACAUCCGAUUCGAGAGCGUCACUGGUUCCGGUUACUCCAUCUCGCUGCGGUACGCCGGUAUCUACAUAGCAGAGACGACUGCUGCCGCACCGUUCAUCGAGAACAAUUUACUGUCGUUCCAAGUUAACGGACGCAAAGCAUAUUUAGCUUCUACCGUUCUCGGCACAUUCAGGACCUGGGCAAAUGCAAACCUCGCUAACAUUUACAACUACGACCAUGCUAUGAUGUUUUCAAAUUACGAGAUGGGACAAGCUCCAAGCGGAACAUUUCAGGAGAGUACAGCAGGACUCGCAUACACGCCCGGGGCAUGUGACAGUUAUCGAUACUCCAUCGUCGAAGACAAGUUCCAGGCCAUCAUUGCAACAGUUGCUGCUCAUGAACUUGGACACAAUUUGAAUGCACAGCACGAUGCUACAGGUAACGCGUGUGCGGAUGCCAACUUCGUCAUGUCACCGUCCACGUCUGUUAGCGAAGAUCAAACACUGACACGCAACCAGUUCCAGUUUUCGAGUUGCUCGAUCAGUUACUUUACAGGAUAUAUAGCGACACUCAAUAGUAACAACAACAACUGCCUUUCCACUCGUACCGCUAACUACAACACAUCUGGCCUUGACCCAUACCUUAGUCACCUUGCCGGUCAGGUGUAUCCUCCGGACACUCAGUGCCGGUAUAUUCAGGGUGUUGGUUCUGCCCUUUACCGGGGCUAUUACAACUAUAAUUAUAGCAGCAUUUGCACUUUGAUGGCGUGUAUUAUUCCGGGAACAAGCAGUUACUCCUUCAAUUUGGCUUGGGACGGAACCACUUGCGGAAACGGGAAAAUAUGCAUUGCCGGAGAAUGUAUUGCAUCAGCAUCGGGUCCGUCUAUUACUGACGAGACAUGCGCAUUCGGCAACACCCCUGGUAACCUCCUCGGGACCCCGGUAACCACCUGUGCCGCCAUCGUCGGGAGCACAGCGACCUCCUACAACUGCUACCAAGACUACUAUAGGGAGCAAUGCUGUGGAACAUGCGAGCAGUACCGCCUUGCAUAUAUCAAUUUAACAGAUUGUACCUAUGGAGAUAAAGCUAGCUGGUGCUCCACAUUGACACUUAGCGGUUGCUAUAGUAACGCAGGCCAGUGUUGUCAGUCAUGUCCGGCUAGAGCGUUGAGUAUUCCCAAUUGCCCUUACGGUGACCGAGCAACAGGGUGCGACGUAACAUUAUGCCCACGAUAUACCGAGGAAACAAGAACUGUGAGUUGCUGUCUGACAUGCGCCCCUGCUACCACUACAACUGCUACUACAACAACUACGACUGCUGCUACAACAACUACAACUGCUGCCACGACAAGUACAACUGCUGCUACUACUACAACAACUGCUGCUACUACCACUACAACUACAGCUCCUACAACUACAACUGCUGCUCCUACCACUACAACUGCUGCUCCUACCACUACAACCGAAGCUCCUACCACUACAACUGAAGCUCCUACCAUUACAACUGCUGCUCCUACCACUACAACUGCUGCUCUUACAACUACAACUGCUGCUCCUACCACUACAUCUGCAGCUCCUACAACUACAACUGCAGCUCCUACCACUACAACUGCAGCUCCUACAACUACAACUGCUGCUCCUACCACUACAACUGCAGCUCAAACCACUACAACUGCUGCUCCUACCACUACAACUGCAGCUCCUUCCACUACAACUGCAGAUCCUACCACUACAACUGCUGCUACCACCACUACAACUGCAGCUCCUGCCACUACAGCUGCAGCUCCUUCCACCACAACUGCUGCUCCUACCACUUCAACUGCAGCUCCUACAACUACAACUGCUGCUCCUACCACUACAACUGCUGCUCCUACCACUACAACUUCUGCUCCUACCACUACAACUGCAGCUCCUACCACUACAACUGCUGCUCCUACCACUACAACAGCAGCUCCUACCACUACAACUGCUGCUUCUUCCACUACAACUGCUGCUCCUACCACUACAACUGCAGCUCCUUCAACUACAACUGCUGCUCCUACCACUACAACUGCAGCUCCUACUACUACAACUGCUGCUCCUUCCACUACAACUGCUGCUCCUACCACUACAACUGCAGCUCCUACAACUGCUGCUCCUACCACUACAACUGCUGCUCCUACCACCACAACUGCAGCUCCUACCACUUCAACUGCUGCUCCUACCACUACAACUGCUGCUCCUACCACUACAACUGCAGCUCCUACCACUACAACUGCUGCUCCUUCCACUACAACUACUGCUCCUACAACUACAACUGCUACUCCUACCACUACAACUGCUGCUCUUACCACUACAACUGACGCUCCAACCACUACAACUGCUGCUCCUUCCACUACAACUUCUGCUCCCACCACUAUAACUGCAGCUCCUACAACGGCUGCUCCUACCACUAUAACUGCUGCUCCUACCACUACAACUGUUGAUCAUACCACUACAACUGCUGCUCCUACCACUACAACUGCAGCUCCUACCACUACAACUGCUGCUCCAACCACUACAACUGCUGCUCCUUCCACUACAACUACUGCUCCUACCACUACAACUGCAGCUUCUACCACUACAACUGCUGCUCAUUCCACUACAACUACUGCUCCUACCACUUCAACUGCAUCUCCUACCAGUACAACUGCUGCUCCUACCACUACAACUGCAGCUCCUACAACUACAACUGCUGCUCCUACCACUACAACUGCAGCUCAAACCACUACAACUGCUGCUCCUACCACUACAACUGCAGCUCCUUCCACUACAACUGCAGAUCCUACCACUACAACUGCUGCUACCACCACUACAACUGCAGCUCCUGCCACUACAGCUGCAGCUCCUUCCACCACAACUGCUGCUCCUACCACUUCAACUGCAGCUCCUACAACUACAACUGCUGCUCCUACCACUACAACUGCUGCUCCUACCACUACAACUUCUGCUCCUACCACUACAACUGCAGCUCCUACCACUACAACUGCUGCUCCUACCACUACAACAGCAGCUCCUACCACUACAACUGCUGCUUCUUCCACUACAACUGCUGCUCCUACCACUACAACUGCAGCUCCUUCAACUACAACUGCUGCUCCUACCACUACAACUGCAGCUCCUACUACUACAACUGCUGCUCCUUCCACUACAACUGCUGCUCCUACCACUACAACUGCAGCUCCUACAACUGCUGCUCCUACCACUACAACUGCUGCUCCUACCACCACAACUGCAGCUCCUACCACUUCAACUGCUGCUCCUACCACUACAACUGCUGCUCCUACCACUACAACUGCAGCUCCUUCAACUACAACUGCUGCUCCUACCACUACAACUGCAGCUCCUACUACUACAACUGCUGCUCCUUCCACUACAACUGCUGCUCCUACCACUACAACUGCAGCUCCUACAACUGCUGCUCCUACCACUACAACUGCUGCUCCUACCACUACAACUGCAGCUCCUACCACUACAACUGCUGCUCCAACCACUACAACUGCUGCUCCUUCCACUACAACUACUGCUCCUACCACUACAACUGCAGCUUCUACCACUACAACUGCUGCUCCUUCCUCUUCAACUGCUGUUCCUACCACUACAACUGCAGCUCCUACAACUGCUGCUCCUACCACUACUACUGCUGCUCCUACCACUACAACUGCUGAUCCUACCACUACAACUGCUGCUCCUAUCACUACAACUGCAGCUCCUACGGCUACAACUGCAGCUCCUUCCACUACAACUGCUGCUCCUACCACUACAACUGCUGCUCCUACCACUACAUUUUUUGCUUCUACCACUACAACUGCUGCUCCUACAACUACAACUGCAGCUCCUACCGCUACAACUGCAGCUCCUACAACUACAACUUCUGCCCCUACCACUACAACUGCUGCUCCUUCCACUACAACUACUGCUCCUACCACUUCAACUGCAUCUCCUACCAGUACAACUGCUGCUCCUACCACUACAACUGCAGCUCCUACCACUAAAACUGCUGCUCCUACCACUACAACUGCUGCUCCUUCCACUGCAACUGCUGCUCCUACCACUACAACUGCAGCUGCUACCACUUCAACUGCUGCUUCUACCACAACAUCUGCUGCUCCUUCCACCACAGCUGCUGCUCCUACCACUACAACUGCUGCUCCUACAACUACAACUGCUGCUCCUUCCGCUAUAACUGCAGCUCCUACUACUACAACUGCUUCUACUACCACAACACUUGCUGCAACAGCUGCUCAAACCACUACGACUGCAGCUGCUCCAACGACAACUGAGGUUCCUACCACGACAACUACAGCUCCUACCACUACAACUGUAGCUCUUACAUCUACAACUGCUGCUCCUACAACUAGAACAGCUUCCUCUACAACUACAACAAAUAAUCCAAACCGCAUUACUUGGAUAACAAUACGAUUCCCAGUUGAUCCUGUCAACAUCAACUUCGGUGAUCUAUUUUCCAUUUCCAUCAUAAACCUGAAGAUAGACCUCAGAGUUCAGUUGCUGUUCGUGUACCGCAACAUGGGGCGACGAUUAAGAGACAUAGUCAUAAUUGACCUGAGGCGCGGCAGUCUGGUGGCGACGUACGAAGUUGUUUACGAGGACACACCGGAAUCAGCGAUGGAAUUGACCGACGCUUCUCUAAGACUUGUAUCUGGCAAACAAAACGUCACGAUUUUGAACGAGACUGUGUCUGCAACUUCCGUUCAAGUGAACGAAACCAUCGUUACCAAGGAUACGUUGAGUCAGAACGUGUGUCCUCUAUUUGAUGCAACCAGAAGCUGUGGACAGGGGUUCCACUGUGAGAACCAAGACGGAAAACCAGUCUGUGUACGAGAUGAAACAAAAGAUGGUUUGACCGCCAUUAUAAUUGCUGCAGUUUGCAGUGCGGUUGUACUGUUAAUUAUAAUCAUGUUCGUCUGUAUUGUUGCGCGCUGCUACCGUAACAGGAAAGAGUCGAGCACCUUUGGUUCCAGUGACGAGUCGCAAUGGAAGGAGUUUACAAAACCGAUAACGCCAUAUCUAGGAUACUCCAACUGGCGAGAUAGAGCUAUAGGUUACUACCCUUAUCCCAGAAUCGCUUCUGUUUACGGAACUCGAUCCGACCCGGCUUACUCUUAUCCUGCGUAUGGUGAUAACUUGCCGAGAGGAGACGGUCCUUAUGAGAGUUCGACACGACGGUUGGAACGCCGAUCUUACGUUGUGUCGGUUGACCUUCCGGACCCGUUACGCAAAUCAUAUGACAACGCCGCCUUCGAAUCGGAAGGGCACUUGGGCUUCAGAAAACAGUGAGUGGGAUGUCAGAUGCUCGUGUUGUAAACUCAUUGGGGGCCUCCUGAGAUUUUCGACACAAUAAAUAUAUACGGAGAUGUGUUCAAUUUUGUAUCAUUGCAACGUAUUUGCAAUUAAGACUGGCAGUACAUUUUGUUAUUUUAAAGGUGAAUUGAAAUUAUAUUAUGCAAUGGCCAGUGUGUGUUGCUUGCGUAAAUGCAAGAUUCUGCUCAAAAGUUAUGUUGAUUUAGAUAAAUAAUUAGCACUGUGUACUUAAUACUAUUUAUUUGCAUUUGUAUUUUGAAUAUAUGUUACACGUUUGGGAAUACAUGUGGGGACACGUACAUAUGUUAUUGAGAAUUAUUGUGUGAGGAAAAAUCGUUUUCCAAUAUCAGUUUGCACUACAUAUUUUCCUAUCAUUGAGGUGACUGAACAAUUUUAAAAAGAUUUAAAAAAGGAGAAAACACCUGCAUCAUUAUGUACCAAUCGAUGAACGACAAGAUAUUUGUCCCUAGCGGCAAAUCCCUCACAUUCCACUUUUUUUUGUAAAAACGUUACAUACGAAAAAACUUAACAUUGAUAUGAAUGUCAUGAAGGUAGCUUAACACAAAAAGGUAAAUAUCUCAAAACGUUUCGGAACAUAAUCCGGAAAAGUAUUAUUGUAAAAAUAAUUCAAAAGUCUAAUGAUUGCAACCAUAUCGAAAUCAUAAUACCAGAACAAAACUCCAACUUGUACUGUAAGUCAUGUAGAUACCUUACACGCCAACAAAUUGGAAAGUAUCUGCAAGCGUUUAGUAGUCCGGAAAACUGUUUUUGUCGAGAAAACAUCCGAGGCCAAUCUGUUCGCCAAAAAUCAAUGGACCGGAACGAAACGCGAACUUAAUCUGUAACAAAUGCAGGUAGACUCAGAAACUAAAAGAAAGUAAAUAUAGCAAAGCGUAAAGGAAAAAUUAUCUCCAGACAAAGUAUCCCGGAUGGGUGGAAAGACGGAUUGAAGGAUAGAUGGACAGUCCGACUGCUAUAUGCCACCAUGCCGAUGGCAUAAACAUUGAAGGAAUAUUAUUAUUCUGUAAUAUAAAGGAAAUUUAGUUAUUUUGCGAUCCGUUAAGAAUGCAAUCAUAACACUAUUCCUUUAUUUGAUUUUAAUGUAGGAACUUUUAUCAUGAUGACUUGUAAAAUGUGUUUAUCUAUUCGAACAAUGCAUACGUAUAUGUCCAUUAAAAAUAAAAGUAACUUGCACGCG